GAAAGCCGCGUGGGAGAGAGAGAUUUGCAGAACCACCACCGUCCCGAGUCUCCGGCCACCGAUCGGAAAAAAAAAAUCGAACCUUUUCGCAACUUUUCUUCUAGGGUUUGCUCACUCCGGAUGAAACCCUAGAUUAUCCAGAACAUUGUCGUUUUGAAGAUGUUGACAAGUAAUGGUGAUGGUAUAGAGAGUAUUCAGAUUGAUGGUACUCUGAAUAGUUGCGGUGUAGGAGGGAGUGAUAUGGCUAAUGCAAGUUCUAGAGAUGAUAAGAACUCUCACAUUUGCAAGAGGAGAAGGCUUGAGAGCUCGGUUUCUGGGAUGGAUGAGAUGGUUUCUACGGAGUCUGUCGCUUGUGAAUUGAAUCAUCAAAGGUUCAGCGGAAGAACUAAUCUCAAUGGUGGACUUCCCGAGCUUUCAAAUCCAGAUGAAUCAACAAUCGAACCCCCCAAGUAUGAGACUGUGACAGCUGGUUGCCAGAAUGUUAUGGCUCGAGUUUUAGCUUCAAAGGAGUUUGCAUCACUAAGUCAGUUGCUUUCCAAAAAUCUUCAAGGGGUAAAGAUUGAAGACCUUGCGUGUAGAACUUUGAUAGACACCAGGCUGCAAGAGGGUGCUUAUGAAGGUUCACCUGUACUCUUUUCAACGGAUCUCCAAGAGGUCUGGAAGAAAAUACAAGAUGUUGGUAAUGAGAUGGCUGCUCUUGCUGGUAGUCUCUUAGAGCUUUCAAAGACCUCCUGUACCGAACAGUUGAAGCAGUUCAACACUGUGGAACCGAAGCCUCAUCCGAAUGUAGAGAUCACCAGAAAUGACAGUGGUUUUGACGUUUGCAAGCUAUGUGGACAGAAGGCAGCGGUCAGGGACUGUUUAGCAUGUGAUCAUUGUGAAGAUAUGUAUCAUGUCUCAUGUGCACAUCCUGGUGAGAAAGAGAUUUCGACGGAAGACAGUUGGUAUUGCCUAAACUGCACAGCUAAUGGAUUCGGAUCACCUCACGAGAAUUGCCUAGUGUGUGAUAAAAAGAAAACCGCAAAGCUGAUAAAGACAGAUAAUGGAUGUGUUAAUAUGAGUACAGAAUGUAAAGAAGUCUCAAACGAAUCAGAAGAGAAUUCAAGCUGCAACAUGAAUCAUGAAGAUCACAACGUGGAGACGAUGAUAGAUCCUGAACUCUGCAGGACCUGUGGAACAAAAGUGGAGAAAGGCGACGGCAGGUUCAUCACAUGUGAUCACCCGUUUUGUCCACACAAGUAUUACCACAUCAGGUGUCUAACUUCAAAGCAAAUAAAAGUACACAAUGUUAGAUGGUAUUGCUCCUCGUGCUUAUGCAUAAACUGUCUAACUGACAAGGAUGAUGACAAGAUUGUCUUGUGUGACGGCUGUGAUGAUGCUUACCACAUCUAUUGCAUGAAACCUCCAUGUGCAUCGGUUCCAGAUGGAGAAUGGUUUUGCACAACUUGUAAAGUUGCUAUUCAGAAAGUGCACAAAGCUCGAAACGUGGUUGAGAAGAAGAUGGGGACUUUGAAGAAACAAAAGGGGAGAGAAACCGUGAGCAAGCCACCACCAAGUAAAGGCAAUGGAGGAUUGGAUAACAGCGUAGGAGGAAUGGAUAUGCUUUUAAAUGCAGCUGACACAUUGAAAGAUGAAGAACAGAUGACUUCCCUAUCCAGUAAAUGAUGGAUUAGAUAAGAAAAAAAAUCAACAAACAGGCAGACUAUACGUUUCUUGUCUCUAAAAACUUUUUUGUUUCUUUGUUCAUCUUCUUAACUUUUCUAAGCAGGACAGGGGAUUCUGAAGAUAACAUGUUUUAGGAUUUCAUUCUUUUAAUCAAAGCUUCUAUUGUAAUGGUGAUUUUGCACUCUGCUAAACUUUAUAAUGAGCUAGUUCUUGACC